GGUACUAUUUCACGAGAGACAAACUUCCACCCUUCCGACAAGAUUCUGUAUAAUUAAGUCUGGUAGUAAGGUGCAGCAUCUCUCUUUCUCUCUGGGUCACUCUCUCUCUUCCCUCCCUCCCUUUCCUAUUCUCUCUACCAUCCUCUUCAUCUGGGACUUCUUUGACAAGUAGAGCAUGACUCUUGUUCCACUUGCCUUGUGCUGAGUUGUUAAUCUUCAUACCGUGCAUCUCCUCUGAUCUAAAAUCUGUGAGGUGAUUCCACUUCCCCGGGGUCCCUCGACCAUCCACAGGGACCAUCGAUAGGCCACUGAUCUGGGAUCAGGACCUCUCUUCAGGCGGGCUGCAGGGCACUCUCAGCGGGGGUGAGGGGUUGAGCGAGGCACAGAAAGAGAGAACGGGCUUAACUUAGUGACAGUAUGGAAAUGGAGAGGCUGGGGAGAGAAGGAUCCAAACCGAGCGCGGGACACAACGUUCUUCUGAAAGCCGCCCUGGCAGUAUGUGUGUGCGUUUGUCUGGCACUGCUUAUAGCAGUCAUUACACUGUCACACAAAACAAGCAAUGAAGAAUUCUGCCUUACCCCACAUUGCAUCGAAGCAGCUGGCUCUAUUCUCAAUAAAAUGGACCAAUCCGUAGAACCAUGCAAUGACUUUUACCAGUACGCAUGCGGAGGAUGGCUUAGGGAAAACCCCAUUCCGGAAGAUUCAUCCAGCUAUGGGAUUUACCCCUGGCUCAGACAGAAUGUAGACCUCAAGCUGAAAGCAUUGUUGGAAGAACCCAUUGGAGAUAAAGACAUUGAAGCGGUGAAGAAGGCCAAAGUCCUCUACACAUCCUGUAUGAAUGAAACUGCGCUUGAGAUUGAAGAUGCAAAACCUCUGCUGAAGAAUCUAAAGCAGAAGGAAUUCCGUUGGCCGGUUCUUGGAGAUGUGUUGGGCUCUUCCUCGCAGUGGGUGGAGUCUCAGUUUAAUCUGCUGGACACGUUAGCUCAGAUACGCAGCCAACACAGCAAAUCCGUCCUCAUACGACUCUUCGUUUCUCCUGAUGACAAGAACUCAAUCCAGCACAUUAUCAAGCUGGAUCAGGCAUCCUUGGCACUAUCGUCUAGAGAGGAUUACAUCACCAACACGACAGAAGCCCAAAUGUAUCGAGAAGCUCUUCUGAGGCUCAUGGUGGAUGUUUCUGUCAUGCUGGGAGCCAGUGAGCAGGCCGCAGAGGCUCAGAUGAAAUCGGUGCUUGAUUUUGAGAUGAAACUUGCUCAGAUACUGAUCCCCUUUGAAAACCGCACCAGCGAGAGCAUGUACAACAGGUACAGUUUGUCGAAACUGCAGCGCUCUAUUCCGGAGUUUAACUGGCUGGGUUUUGUCAAAGCAGUGAUUGACCCUGAGCUUUAUCCAGACCUGAAAAUCUCCUCUUCGGAGCAAGUGAUCGUACGUUCCCCUCAGUACUUUAAAGACCUCUUCAAACUCAUCAACGCCACCGAAACCAGGACGGUUGCCAAUUACGUCAUAUGGAGAUCCGUUUUGUCCCGAGUCACCACCCUUAGCCGACGCUUCCUCUACAGAUACCUGGACUUCGCUCGGGUGACCACAGGAACCACUUCUCUGAUCCCACGCUGGGACAAGUGUGUGAAUUAUGUAGAAAACACGAUCAUAUACGCCACCGGUAGAAUCUUCGUCGAUAAGCAUUUUCAGGAGGAUAAGAAACACAUGAUGGAGGAAUUAAUAGAUGGUAUCCGGUGGGCUUUUAUCAACAUGCUGGAAAAGGAGAAUGACUGGAUGGAUGCAGAAACAAAGGCAAAAGCAACAGACAAGGCUCAUGCAGUCCUGGCCAAAGUGGGCUACCCAGAGUUUAUCCUGAACGACACUUAUGUCAACGAGGACAUCAAACGAUUGUCAUUCGUUGAGACGGAUUACUUUGGGAAUGUCAUGCAGACACUUAAGUUUGUAGCUCAGGCUGACAUUGGCUGGUUGAGGAAAACAGUCCAACGCACAGAGUGGUUUACCAACCCAACCACAGUGAAUGCAUUUUACAGCUCCUCCACUAACCAGAUUCGAUUCCCUGCAGGCGAACUUCAAAAGCCAUUUUUCUGGGGACUAGACUACCCUCGAUCCUUAAGUUACGGAGCAAUUGGUGUUAUUGUCGGACAUGAAUUGACUCACGGUUUUGAUAACAAUGGCAGGAAGUACGACAAAGACGGAAACCUCGACCAGUGGUGGAGCAACACAUCAAUUACCCGCUUCACUGAAAAGGCACAAUGCAUGAUUGACCAAUACAACAAUUAUACCUGGGAGGAGGCGGGGCUAAAUGUCAGGGGUAAGAGGACUCUGGGAGAAAAUAUUGCUGACAACGGAGGGAUGAGAGAAUCGUUUAGGGCAUACAGGAGAUGGAUUGAAAAAGAGAGAUCAGGAGUUGAAGAACCUCUUCUGCCUGGACUGGGUCUGACCAAUAAUCAGCUCUUUUUCCUCAGUUACGCUCAUGUUAGUACUCAACACCUGAAAAUGUUCGUUGCAAUUCCUACAGACCAGAAGCAGCUCGAGAUCAGGUCCAGAGUGGAGUUCACAGUCCUCCUAAAUACAGGGUUGUUGGGGCGAUGAGCAACUACGAGGAGUUCCGUAAAGCUUUUAACUGCCCUGAUAAUUCAGUCAUGAACAGGGGCGCAAAGUCUUGUCGAGUAUGGUAAACCUGGAUACUGUGAAGAUUUCAGUCAAUGCACAACCCAAACCUCCAGAUGUCAUCCUGGUUUCUGGAUAGAAACAGCAGUUACUAACACUGAACUCUCAGGCUGUGCUGAGCGCACGGCCCAUCAUCAGCCACUGGAAUAUGACAGACCACACACAUUACUUACUGCUGGCAGGCAGAUGUUAUUUUGUGUUUUAUCAAUUUUUUUAUCUUACCUCAGUUAACAUGUGCAAAUGGCAAAAACUGACCACAUGAAUUCCGAUGAGGCCUUGCUUUGCUUUCGACACUGUUUUUCUCACAAUCAAACUCACUGUUGUUUUACAAGAUAGGCAAAUUAUUGUCGUUAUGGUUGUGGAUAAUACUGUUUAACUUUUUUUAACAUGAUUUUAUUUUUAUGAAAAACUGCUGUCUUUAAAGUAAAUUGUUUUCUUGAGAGUUCUAUUUUUUUCUUCCGUGUUGUUGUUUUUUCCCCUCCACGCAGACAGAAGUACAUCCAAUUUCAUGUUUUACAUGUAAAAUGUGCUUCUAAAGCCCUAGUGUGACCAAAAAUUAUUUUGCAGUUAACUAUUCAAACGGACGUUUUGUAUUAAAAUAACAACUUUGGGUAUUUUUUUUCUGCUUUACUAAAAAGUAAAUUGUAAGCACACGACCUUAAAGGAGCAAUGUGGAGUUUUAGCGGCAUCUAGUGGUGAGAUUGCGAUUUGCAACCAACGGCUCUCUCCACCCCUCUCUUUCAAAGCACUACAGCAACUGACACAGGACAAACAUGUCGGCACAUUUUUGCUUCUUUGCCAAAGGAGAUAACGUAUUUAGGUUACGCGCUCUGUAGAGCAGUUUGUCCGUUUAGGCAGGGCUACAGUAGAAACAACAUGGUGAAUUAAAUGCAAGGGGACCUGCGGCGUAUAUAGAUAAAAAUAGCUCAUUCUAAGGUAAUAAAAACAUAACGCUUCUGUGUAAAGGUCUUUAUACACCUCUGAAAACAUAGUUAUAUUAUAUUACAUUUCUGUCAAUAGAUCCUCCAUAAAAGUGCAUACUGGUGUUAGUACGUCCUAGAGACGUAUUGUAGUUCUACAUUAAUUUAACCCUGUGGGGGCGUGUAUGUUUUUGCUACCAUGUGCUUUUGUUGUGUUUUUGUCUGUCUCUUUGCUUACCAGCAGCCCAGAUUGCUGUCACCUGAUGCUCAUGCUGAGUAGGGCACAACUCUGCUUUAAAAGAAGAGGCAGAAACACUGGCACAGAGAGUUCCCUCACCUCUGCGUCAGACCUUACUUGUACCUCAACUUGAUGUAAGUGUUAAUUGUUUAUGUUCAAUAGUGGUGGCGAGAUGAAGCAUCAAGAAGCUUUGAAGCUUUUUAGCCAAGUGAUUAACAAAAGGGUUCAUUUAUCAAGGCUUCAUUUGCUCACAAUACCAUCUGGUGGCCAAAGAGUGUAAAACAAGCAAAUACAGUACUACAGAUGUGCCUGAUGGGGUGAUACACUGUAUUUUGCGACAGUUAAGGCCGAGAAAUAACGUUGAAGAAAAUAUCAAUUUCCACAUAGACUCAUCUAUUUAUAUAAAUAUAAUGCGUAUUUUUUGAUGGUAUAUAAUGAUUGUAUA